GAGUUAGAAGAUGCACGCCGACUUAUGGAAGAGUUUGUUUUAAGCAGCAGUCAGGAUAACGUGCCUGCACUACAGGAUAAAUUAGAUGAUAAGCCCGCAUUCGGACCCAUCAAGGUCAACCAAGGAGUCGUUAAAAUGCGAUGCCAAAACCAUUCACAAACAGCGCAAACACCUCGGGUACCUCUUCCUCAGUGCAGACACCUAGUAACGAGAGCGUAGAAAUGGAACGGUUACCAGAAUUGCCACCUCCCUUACACGACGAUGAAAUAUGUACGGUACCGGAAAGUGACAGAUACUGCUACAAGCAGUCAAUGUCCUUUGAUCAAAUGCCCGCAGAUCCCAAGCCCAAAUUACAUCAGACUCAUUCAUUGGAUGAUCAGAACAUUGAACUUAUAAAUGCGGUGCAACUAGCAGCAGUGAUCAAAUCACAACCAGAUUCAUACGUGCACGAAAGCGAAACCGAUGACGAUACAUUGAAACCUUCAGUUAGUCCCUACCGACAACCCAACGAGCUGAAAGACGGGGAUACAGUUAUUCUCUAUGACCAAGGUCUUUAUCCUCCUCCACAAACCCAAUUACAGCAAAUAGAACCACCAACUCCGAGUAUUCUUAAUCCCACAUUCGAGGAGCCUGUGAUUCUACAGACAAACCCAAUAUAUGCGCAAGACGUCGAAAAGUCGAAUCGAUUCAACGCGAAGAAGUCUCGUAUGAAACGUGCUAACACUAUUGAUAUACCUAAACCAUCCAGUUAUUACUACGAAGAUGCCGAUAGUGAUGGUGAUCUCACCGAACCAGAAUCAACGCGGAGAAGUAACUACCUUGCACUUAGAGGACCUAUCAGGGUAGGAGGCAAGGGUGGAAAACCAGUGCAGACAAAAGUACCAUCGUUUGAACCAAAAACGGAGUCUGAUAAAAAAUUCCUUGCGUUUAUUAAUCGUCAAAAUUCUAACUCCGCUGUUAAUAAUAAGAUUUCUCUCUGGGAUAAAGCAGGACAAACGCAGACAACGGAAUCGCCGACAGGUACUAACUGGACCAGGAAGUUUGGAAACAUUAAGACUAACUUUGAACGUGUGGCAGUAGAUAACAAACAGCCCAAUGUAGUUCCUGCUCAGCCGAAGAGUUCAGCGAGGAACUUUUGGAAAAGUACCGAAAAUCAAGUUGUUUCGAAUCAUAGUGGAAAUGGACGACCACGUUUUGGUGCUGACCCACCUAUGAACAAACAUAUUGUCACUGGAAAUCUGAAAGUUGAACCGCCGCAUAAAAAUCACAAACCUCAACCACUCGCGGUCAACAAAUUCACGCACAAUCCUCAUGAAUCCGCUUUUAAACCAAUUCAUAAAACUCCUAAGCCGGAUGUGAUUGCAAAUAUUAAAACAAACGGUAGCACACCUGAAUCUAACACCCCAGAGACCCCAUUUUAUUUGUAUAGUCCAAAAUCAUCAGAAGUGCAAUCACCAGUGCUCAAUUCGGCACCUUGGAGUAAUAAAACUGUAAAUGUUGUGCCCCACCAUUACAAUGGUACUGGGGAAAGACGUGUGCUCAGUUUGGCUGCGAGCAAAUUUGAAGUUGCAAACCAUGCCCCGGAAGAACCUAAAAUUACUCCACGGCGAUUAAGCAAAGAGAAGAUUACAACACCAGCUGCUUUAUUACAGAGUAACAAACAAGAGAAGACUGUUACGUAUGUACCUCCUGUGACCAAUGCUGGAGGAGUGAGAAAGCUGAGCGGACAGUACAAUAAUAUUCAAUCAGAAACGCGUCCGGAAUACGUUGCACAAUCGAAUGUUAAAUAUAAGAGUGCCUUUGCUCCCGUACCUCAAUCACGUAAUCAACAUCAGGAACAGAAUCAUCAAACACAUCAACCAAUGCCUGCUCAGAAAUUCAAUAAUACUCCGAUUCAGAAACACGAUCCUUUUGUCCGUAAUUAUGUACAGUCUCCUGUUACGUAUGAAAAAUAUGCUGAUCAUCAAAACGCCAGGAAUUCUCCAACAAUUAAUAACGAUUUUAAUCAUCAGCAUUCAAAUCAACAACAUCAUCCUCAUCAUCACCACCACCAUGCUCAGCAUCAUCAUCAACAUCAUCAUAAUCAUACUAACAAACACCAUAUACAAGUUGAUAAUAUACCUGCAAGCUUCCAUACCACUAGUCCCACUGUACAAAGCAUACAAAUGCGUCACGGGCACGCUUCCGAAGGACAGAACCAUGCCACUUAUUCAUCGCCGAAAUCGGAGCAGGCUAAUCAUGCGUUACCAGAAGCCGAACAUCAACACGAUUUUAUUCCACCAUCGCAUGAACAUCGCGAACAUGAGCCGCAUGUUUUCUAUAAUAAUGUAUCUUAUCAACCGGUACAAAAGCAACCACAACGCCCGCAAUACGACAGUCAAACCUCUACAGAUAGCGUGCACGAGUACCUAGCUGUGAGCAGUAAAGUCAUGUCAGGACCAGUGGGCCAACAAGCCGUUACCGUGACCAACAAACCCAAAAGUCGCGAUGAGCACGAAAUGGAUGCCGCGUUUAACCUGAGAAACACCCUGCAGAUCAAAAGUGAGAUUAAAGCAAAGUCACCGGUUUCGGCGAAUACCAGCGCUGCGUCCUCAUCCUACAAACCGAAAUUCUGCGUUAAUGAUGAACCUCUCAGUCUUGAUACUUUAGAAGUAACCUCGCAAGGAGAGAGUAUCGUUACAGGCAAGUUUCAAAUUCCUGCGCAACAUCCACCACCUUCUCAAUUGAAACCAUCGAUUCCUCAACAACGUGUUUCACCACAGUUGAGUAAAUCUGACUCGUGGUAUCAGGUCGUGCAGAAGGAGCAAGUUGCUAGGAAACCUUCUCCUCGCGCUUCGCCAAACGCUCGCACUGUGAUGAAAUCUAAAUCAACGCAUGCUCUUGCAUUGCCCAAACAGUUUGAGGCCGGCAUGAGCAAAGACGAAAUGCUUACAAAGAAACGCACUAUGGAAGCGUAUUUCGGGCAAAGUGGGCUACCACAGCCCCAACCCGCGCCGUCGACGAGGACCACAAAUAACUUCUCUUACAAACACCGUGCGGUCAAUCGCACGAAGACAACGCAAAAGAUUUCCACGUCGACGACAGGUCUGUGUAGAUCACGCACGUUGCCUGACAUUGUCUGUCCCGAUCUGUUAGACGAGACGAACGUCGACGAGGCGUUCGAGGAUCUGUUUCAGUCGACUAGCUAAUAACACGUAUCACCAUCGCAUGGAAGGAUCGACCGCAUCGAAGCAUUAAAACAAUAAACCAUCAUUCCAUUUUUUUUAAACAAGUGUCGUGUUUUGCAUCGAUUUGAUUCAUUGAGAUAAUUGAAAAUGACUUUUUUGAUAACUGAACGUCCGUUUGUAGUAAUUCGUUUGCUCGAUGAGUGACGAUGAGAUGAAUAACGCAUAUGAAUG